GUGACUCAGACAAUGGAGGGGUGUCCGGAUCCUCAGCAGAUAAAGACUCUGGGCGUAGGGGAUUACUUUGGGGAGAAAGCCCUCAUCAGCGAGGACGUCCGAUCAGCUAACAUCAUCGCUACUGAUGACAACACGCAAUGCCUCGUACUGGAUAGAGAUAACUUUAACCAGAUGGUUGGCACCUACGAGGAGCUGCAGGCCUACCUGAGGGAGUACGUGGAGCAGCUCUCACUCAGUGAUGAGAGGAGGAAUGCUGUGCCUCAGUCUCCUCUGCUGCAUGACUCCAGCCCUGAGGAGGUGGAGCAGAGGCGUCUGAAGGAGAAGCUCUCUCACCUCUCCUCCACCACCCCCCUGCAGCACCUGCAGCUCAUCGCCACGCUGGGCAUGGGAGGCUUCGGGCGCGUGGAGCUGGUGAAGGUGAAAGAUGAGGAAACGGGCUUCGCUCUGAAGUGCAUCAAGAAGAAGCACAUCGUGGACACCAGGCAGCAGGAGCACAUCUACUCAGAGAAGAACAUCCUGCAGCAAACACACUCCAAAUUCAUCGUCAAGAUGUACCGGACAUUUCGGGAUGAUAAGUAUGUCUACAUGCUGCUGGAGGUUUGUCUUGGAGGAGAGCUGUGGAGCGUACUGAGGGACAUGAGUUGUUUUGAGGAGCCCACUGCACGUUUCUGCAUUGGGUGUGUCCUGGAGGCCUUCGACUACCUGCAUGGAAAAGGCAUCAUCUACCGAGACCUCAAACCCGAGAAUCUCCUCCUCGAUGCAGAGGGCUACGUUAAAAUGGCAGACUUUGGCUUCGCUAAGCGCAUCGGGCUGGGGAAGAAGACCUGGACAUUCUGUGGGACGCCGGAGUAUGUGGCCCCUGAGGUCAUCAUGAACAAGGGCCACGACUUUGGGGCUGACUGCUGGUCCCUGGGUAUCCUCAUAUUUGAGCUGCUCACCGGCAGCCCCCCGUUUUCUGGGUCUGACCCCAUUAAGAUCUACACCAUGGUCCUGCACGGUAUCGAGAAGGUGGACAUGCCCAAGCGGAUCAGCAAACGACCAGAAGACCUCAUCAGGAGACUGUGCAAGCUCAACCCUGCAGAGAGACUAGGCAAUAAGAAGAAUGGGAUUAUAGAAAUCAAGAAGCACAAGUGGUUCCAGGGCUUUAACUGGGAGGGUCUGAGGCAAGGCAGACUGGCAUCCCCUCUGAAGAGAGAGGUGAAAGGCCCACUGGACCACAGCCACUUUGACAUGUUCCCACCAGAGCAGGAGGAGCCGCCCGACGAGCUGUCUGGGUGGGACAAGGACUUCUGAAGAACAGAAGGAGAGAGAGAGAGAAAUGGAGAGAGAACUAAAACUGUACAUACAAGAGAUAUAAGAUAUUGAAUUAAGAUGUUAAAACUGAGACAGAGACAGACAGACAGACAGAAGAGAGAGCUGUUACAGGGAGACAGACAGAGACACUGGUCUGUCCAACACUGGACAGCUGGUCUGACCAGUUCCUCUCUGUCUGGAUGGCUAUGGAGCCUUUCCACAAGCUCUAAGCAGAAAUACAAGACCAUGUAAGAGCUGGGACAAACGGACUGGCAUCUCAGGCAUGAUGAAUCACAAUUGCUGUUUUACCAGCCAAACAUUGACCCCUGCACCACUGGAGCAGGCGUCAAACUGAUCAGAGCAGAGCAGGACAAAAAGCAUCAGACCAGA